AUGACCGACUUUUCAAGCUUCGCCGCGUUUACGCUUCAUGCAACGUGCCUUGCCUCUCCCUGCACCGCUGCUGCUGCUGCUGCUGCUGCUGCUGCUGCUGCUGAUCAGGUGUACAGGACGUUCUCCAUCGUGGUCAUCUCGUAUUUUCUGCUCGAGCUCGCACUCCGCAUCUUCGCCCUCAGCCCGCGCCACUUCUUCACAAAACCGCUUGAAGUGAUUGACUUUGUCGUCAUCGUCCUGUCCGCCGUCUUUGAGUUUGCAACAGAUGUCACAAAGUUUGUUGCGUUCUUCCGGCUGCUUCGCUUCCUCAUUCUCGUACGAUUGGUCACUGAGCACUACAACCUACGAAAGGCAACACGGCUCAGGAUUGCAGAGAACAAGCGCCGCUUCCGCCAGGAUGGCUUCGACCUCGAUCUGACAUAUGUGACAGACCGGAUCAUUGCCAUGUCGUUUCCGUCGAGUGGAGCGCGUGUUCUGUAUCGCAAUCCCAUCGGCGAGGUCGCUCGCUUCUUCAAGACCAGACAUCCAAACCACUACCGCAUCUACAACUGCUGCAGCGAGCGGGACUACAACCACAAGCGCUUUGAUAACAACGUCGAGAACUGCCCCAUUGACGACCACAACGUGCCGCUCAUGGGGAUGAUGCUGAAGUUCUGCGAGGACGCGAGUGAUUUCCUGCGCGCGGAUCCGUCGAAUGUCGUUGCCGUCCACUGCAAAGGCGGCAAAGGGCGCACGGGCACAAUGAUAUGUGCACUGAUGCUCUACUGUGACAGAUUCGACACAGCGAAGGACAGCUUGGACUACUUUGCCAUGCGACGAACAGACCUUGACGUGUCCCGCAAAUUCCAGGGAGUGCAGACGCCGAGCCAAGGCCGGUAUGUUGGGUACAUGGAGGACAUCAUCAAGACGUACAACCGGCAGCUGCCGCCGCGCGUCUCCCGCGUCAUCUCAACCAUCCGCGUUGUCUCCCUCCUCGUUGAUCCGAACAACUCGAGCGGCGCGCGGGAUUUGUCGUUUGAGGUCUAUUGCGACAACAUGCUCGUCUACGACUUUGAUGCGCACCACGCCGUCGGCACAGCGGGAUUGCCCAAGAAGUACGAGAGCUGCCCGUUUUACUUCUGGUUCAACCCUUCCUUCCACCCUGGUGUCAGCAAGUUGGUGUUCCCACGCGAGGUACUGGACAACCCACACAAGCCGAAGACUUGGAAGUACUAUGAUGAGCGCUUUGCCGUUGAGGUGUACUUUGCCGACGGUGACAACGUCGUGUCCCCUGAUGACCACGACGGCAGCUUUGCGUGA